AUGGAGCGCUUCAGGAACAUGCUCCAGUCCCAGGGCCUCGGUGGCCUGGGUAGCCAGCCCGGAACGGACAACACACAGCUCAUCGACAACUCCGAGACCGUCUAUAUCUCCUCCCUUGCCCUCCUCAAGAUGCUGCGACACGGCCGUGCUGGUGUUCCCAUGGAAGUCAUGGGUCUGAUGCUGGGAGAGUUCGUCGACGACUUCACGGUACGCGUAGUGGACGUUUUUGCCAUGCCACAAAGUGGUACUGGUGUCAGUGUAGAGGCCGUCGACCCCGUCUUCCAGAUGAAGAUGAUGGACAUGUUGAGACAGACCGGAAGACCUGAGGCUGUCGUAGGAUGGUACCACUCGCAUCCUGGCUUUGGAUGCUGGCUGUCGUCCGUCGAUAUCAACACCCAGCAGUCCUUCGAGCAGCUGACCCCGCGCGCCGUCGCCGUCGUCGUUGACCCCAUUCAGUCCGUCAAGGGCAAGGUCGUGAUCGAUGCCUUCCGCCUGAUCAACCCUCAGUCCCUUAUGCUUGGCCAGGAGCCCCGGCAAAGCACGAGUAACUUGGGCCACUUGAACAAACCCUCAAUUCAGGCCCUCAUUCACGGCCUGAACCGACACUACUACUCCAUCGGCAUCAACUACCGAAAGACGGCGCUCGAAGAGAACAUGCUCAUGAACCUGCACAAGCACGUCUGGACCGAGGCGUUGGAGAUGAACGACUUUAGACACGAGGGCGAUUGUAACAAGGAGCGCUUGGAACGCCUCGUUAGCCUAGCAGAAGGCUACGAGAAGCGCGUCAAGGAAGAGACCGAGUUGACGAAGGACCAGCUCAAGACCCGCUAUGUUGGCAAGCUCGACCCCAAGAAGCACUUGGAGGAUGUCGGCCAGCAGCUGAUCGAGGACAACAUUGUGUCCGUUUCGAGACAGAUGAUCGACAAGGAGGCGACGAUGCCCAAGAAAGACGGACCGGCGGGUGGCAAGGAUCAAGCAAACGGCGACUCGAUGGAUGUGGAAGAGGAGUUGCGGACAAGUUCUACGGCUGGCCUAUUCAAUUUCCCGCUCCAGAGUCCGCUCGACUUCGAGGAAGAAUCCGCCGGUCGGAGCAACGGUCGAUUCAGCACCAUCGAAGCCCUAAGACGAUUUUUCGGCCGCAUUGGCCAUCACUUCGAAGAUAUGGCCUCUCCUUCCUCGCGGACGUCGGACCUGAACGGGAAUCAACCGAUGUUGCACACUACAUCGUGUGAACCGAGUACCUAUAUAGCCCGUGCAGAAGCCGUAUCGCCAUCAGACUCGGACCAACAGUCCCCCAGCUCGUCCGUUGCCAGACCCGACAUGAGCUCAGCAUCAACCUGCCAAGUCCUCCACCGCAUCGGGCAAACCUUCUCCCACGUCCAGUACGCCGUCUGCGGCGACGCAGCCAUGGUAGCAUACGGCCAUCCCGCCCGACCAGCGUCCCACAUCAGCAUCAUCUGCCCGGUUUACGCCCAAGAGGUCAUGAAGUCAUGGGCCGCUGCCACGAGCGGUAUGCUAAACUAUGCGGGCGAGCCGGACACCCUUGGUGUCGCCGACGAGGAUGGGCGAGUGUGGCCGGUGAAGAUGAGGACGAUGGCCUUUGAGCGUAGCUUUGAGACGCUGCCGACUGUGAGUUUUCGUCUUGGGAGCGAUUCCUCUCUUACGACGGUCUUGACGAUGCCGGCUCUCGUGAACGAGAUUGCGCUUUCUUAUGUUAUUGACAGACAUACAGAGGAAGAAGGGUUUUUGGACGAUCUAGCUGCGGACCUGGCUUGGCUCCUGCGGGAGAUGAUCCAGGACAGCAGUCCGGAGCAAAAGCUGAAUGCGGAGGACGCCCCAGCUAUCGGCAAACCGAUUUUCUGGUUUGACUUUACGGACACGUAUCCCGAAUUGGCUGGACUCUUCUACGAUGCUGGAUAUCGGCCUGAAGGGUCCCAGGGAGAUGCUAGUCAGGUAAGUGAGGCGGCACCAGCUGGUUCGCAGCCUCUUCCCUCGCGCGAGGGCAUAUUGAGAGGCAGAAGGCGAUCUGGUGGCGGCUCCGACGCCGAGCUGCGGCGCCAAGUGCGGGAUGGUCCGAAUUUGACCAGAGCGGAGCUCAGAAGAGUGAUACGGGAUCAUCAUGGGUCGUCCAGGCGCAGGUCGUCGAGUCGUGGUUCAUCGGAGGACCAAGCACGAAAGCCCGGUUCAUUUCGUCAUGGGACGCGGAAGAAGCGCCAGAGAAAAGAAACCCCCUCGUCUGUGGUGUCUUUUGGCGAAAAGAUUUCUAAUUUCUUGUUUGGACGCCCGGAUGCCUCCAGGAGAAAGGGCUCGGACAGGUGA